AUGUCGGACGAAGAGCCGUGGGAGCCUUUAACCUUUGUCGAUUACGUCAUGCUGGGAAUGGUGGGUGCGUUCCAAGCCUUUGCCCUGGGGGUGUGCAUCCAUCUAAUUCGGUGGCGGAAGUGGCCACCAUACGUCACCAAGAACGUCGAUAUCGUCAUCAUCAUGACGCUCGCGGGUUUCGCGUGGACCUUUGCGUCUGCUCUAGAGACCGGCAUCAUCGAGAGGAGUGAAGGCGACUUCCUCGCCAACUGCUACUUUGAGGUAAUCUUUUCGUGGUCGACACUACUAGCGCACAUGAUGUCGUUUGCCGUUCGGGUUUACCGGAUGUGGAGGAUUUUGAUCAAGCACGACGACCACAUGUGGCCAGCAAAGAACGUGGUCCUGGCGAUGAACGCCCUGGGGUUCUACGCCAUCUGCUAUCUUUGGUUUGUGUGCGCCCGUCAGCUGAGGUGGGUCCGGAAGCAGUUCAACGAGUACGAGGCCAUGAAGUGGACCCUGUCAUGCCUGACUUUGCUCCUAUUCAGCUACGCGGCCGUGGUGGCCAUAGUCCUCAACAACCAACACGUUUACGUCAGAAGAGUGGCCAUCGUGUACCCGGUGCUGACGACGUACACGCUACUGUGGGGCUCCAUAGGGGAGCCAAUCAAGAGGAAGCUGGCGGGGGACACGGAGUACCUGUACUCGUUCACUAAGGGCUUCUCGGAGAUGCCUUCGCCCGCGCAGCUCAAGGCUAGCUUGGCGGAGCAACUGUCCGUGCAGCAACUUCGCGUCGAGUUUCGGAAGUACGUCGAGACUAUGGUGGCCCAAGAGCUGGUGGACUUUUACCUCGACUCGCUAGACAGGGAGGAGAUCAAGGGCUAUUUCGGCAGACAGGCGGCGACGAUGCGCAUUGUGGAACAGUACAUCAGGGAAGGGAGUCCUGAUCAGGUAAACAUUUCGGGGGAGUGCCGGGAGGAGAUUUUGUCGACGGACGUGACGGCCUACGACAUCUUCGACCGCGCUAGAGCAGAGGUUCUGGCCGUUAUGGAGACCAACUUCCAGAGGGAUUUCAUCGAGACGGAGGGGUUCCGCCGAAUCGUCGACGCGUCCGAGCUGGAGCAGCGACAGAUGCGCCUCCUGCGGGCGGAGGGCGUCUUGGUCCCGAGCGCGUCAACGACCCCGGUUCGGCUGGCGGCGCCCCCCUCCAUUUUCUCUCCACGGGGCCGCCUGCUGGACUCGUGCAGACGCUUACCCUUGGUGGGGAGAUUGUUUUCUUUUUCGUCGCCCUCAGCCGUGGCACACGCUGUCUCUAGGUCGUCUACUCCGGGUGCAGGAAGUGGCGAGGUCGCGGCUAGAAGAAAUAGUGUGGGUCAUCGUGAGGAGGAGUUUGGGGCUGCAUGACGCUGUCGAUAUCCGGGCCGACAGUGUCUGCGCUCAGUCCACUAAGGGUCUCGGCGCCUCCUUCCGGUGGCUUGAUCGUUCGAAAGAAGGUUGCGAAUAAGAAGGGACGGCGAUAUCUGGGCAU